UUGGCUGGGAAAAUCAGCGCUGGUUAUUAUUAGGUGAUGGCAAAUUUUUAAGUGUGGCUUACUGAAACCAGCCUAGUUACUUUGUUAGCCACAUUCUAUAGACCUGAGACUGAUUAAAUUCCUAUGACAGUCAAGAAGAGAAAGAAAUUUACUUUAGAAGGUGAAUAAGAAAUUGCAUUAAAAAAGGGAAGAAGAAAUCUGUUACUGCUUGCGGCCACCAGAAAUCCUGCAAGAUCUGAAGACCAGGCUUUCCACUGGCCCCCGGAGCAUGCCCACUCUCCUGCCCAAUGAUCCUCUUGCAGCACACCGGACUUCCUCCCCCUGAGCAGCUCUCACCCCCUCUUCCUAUGUCAGUGGCCACCAGGUCAAGAACCACCUUUCUGCUGUCCCCGCAGACACCUCUGGGGCUGGAGGCCACUUUGCCCUUGGCCAGGGCACAGGAGCUUGCCAGAGCUGGGGCCUCAGAGCAGGAUUUUGCACUGGAGGAGCUAUGUAGGCCCUUGUACUGUAAACUUUGUAAUGUCACCUUGAACUCAGCCCAGCAGGCUCAAGCUCAUUAUCAGGGUAAAAAUCAUAGUAAGAAACUCCGGAAUUACUAUGCAGCGAGUUGCUGUCCACCCUCUACCAGAAUGAGCCAUGUAGUGGAGCCCGUCCCCCCUCCUGUUGUGACAGCUUCCCCCCAGCAGGUGGACAUCUCCAAGCCAGGCAGCAGAGUGAUCAGGGCCACGGAGAAUGAUUACUGUAAGCUCUGCGACGCUUCCUUUAGCUCCCUUGCUGUGGCCCGGGCUCACUACAAAGGGAAGAAUCACGCUAGGAGGACGAGACUGGCGGAGGCCCAGAACGACCUGGCCUUGGAUGCAUCGGAGGCAAGGCAACGGAGGACCCGGAAAGACGGGAAUGAAUACAAAAUGAUGCAGAAUAGGAAGAACGCAUAUGCUCUUCAAAAGAAUACAGGGCCUUACUUCAGCCCUCGAUCUCGACAGUGGAUUCCCCGUGACCUUGCCAUGUGUGUCACCCCCAGCGGCCAGUUUUACUGCUCCAUGUGUAAUGCCGGGGCUGGUGAAGAGAUGGAAUUUCGGCAGCAUUUAGAAAGUAAACAGCACAAGAGCAAAGUGUCCGAGCAACGGUACAGGAAUGAGAUGGAGAAUCUGGGAUACUUAUAACAAAGCCCAUUGCUGAUCAUUUCAGAUAAAGCAGUUUGUCUUGCCUGCUUCUUUUGCCUUCUGUCAACCUGUUCUGCUUUGUGGCCAUUUUUGACAUGAAUACAUGCCUCUGCUUCCAUGUAGAUAUCUAUAAACCUAAUGGUACCUUGAGGCAUUAAAAUCUGAUUCAAAAAGAAUGAGCUUUUUGGGUCAUGAUGGGUUUUCAGGUUAGUUUUAUUUAGCUAAUCUUCAGAAGGCAUGUGGCCUUACUGUAUGGAAAGUAGCUUUGGAAAUUGACUAGAUGCAGGGAAGUGUAGGUUUCAGUUCUCCAUGCCUUUAUGUGGGCUACCAUCUUGGUGCAGUAUGACUAGGAUGAUUGGUAUAAAUGGCUUCAGAGUCUACUAGGGUCUGCCCACUGUGUGAAUUUCAUUGCACUCCAACACAUCUAAUCCACCCUCCUUGUGGCCAGGCUUCAUUUCCAGUUUCUGAUCUCUGUCUGCCUUCCACCUCUCUGCCAUUACCUUCUGCUUCAUAGAUACAUACUUUUCAACUCUAAUCAGCUUGUUUUUAUGUAGUUUUCAGCUGUGCUGUGGGUGUUUUGAGGUUCAAACAACUCUAACCUCUGAGCUUUUUAAAAAGGGUAAAGUGUGUGUACAAAUGAUUGUUUCAGAAAAUAGGCAAAAUUUUGAUCAGUUUUCUAUCCAAGGAUCGUAUUAUGUUGUGUAAUAAUACGCACUUAUGUGGGAGUUCCCAGCUAUAAGAUUUGGGCUAUCUCACAGAUGUUAUUAACAAUUUCAUGCUCACCCUCUAUAUUUGCUAGGCUGGACCUACUCAAUGUUCUAAGGGAUACCCAUUAUAUUUUGUUCUGUAAAUAAAGGAUUAAAAGGAUAAAAAAAUGUAUUUUAAUUUUCAGCAUUUCUACAUUUAAAUGCACAGUGUUUGGUCACCUUUCCUUUUAUACUUUGUCUUCUCUGGGAUGACUAUAAUCAUUCUAGAAUGUUGUGCAUGUCUGAUCAUUGAAUUAGGCAUCUCCCUGCCACCUCCUCUUCCCUAUCUGACUGCUCCCCCCUUCUCUUCUGUAGGUGCUUGGGUACCUAAUGUAGUGCUUUCUAGUGUUGGGUGAAACUGUUUACUUCAUAUCUCAGAAAGACUGUACCUUUGCUGCUUUUUUCUAACCUUUUGCUUCUUUUCAAAUAAAAAGGGCCAAGGCUAAAAGUUCCCUUAAAAGACAAUUUCUCUGUAAAGUUGGUUUUAGAUUGUAUCAUUUGUUCAACUCUCACCUUUUGCUGCUUAUUCAAUUAAAUGUGCCCCUCAGCUUUUUUUUUUAAUAAUUGUUCUCAUCCUUCUCCAUUUUCCUUCAAGUAGAAUAUGAGAUCAAUUUCAGAGUACUGUAGUUUCUUCAUUUAAUACUUGAACUUGGGGACAAUUGGAUGAUAGCUAAGAGACCUGCUUUCUACAAAAAAAUGGUAGAGGGACUGAGGGAUAGGUAUGCUUUCUACAGACAGAAGGAUGAUCAACUCUGUGACCUCUUAGAGGUUUCUCUCUCCAUCUUUGUUUUAAGAAAAACCAGCAUUAUAAUUCUGCCUCAAAAAAUGAGGAAUUGAGGGGUUUUUUUUGGUUCUUUCUCAUUGACCAGUAAGUUCUUUCCUUUGCUGCUAAAGGUCUGUCUCUAUAUGUAAUAUCCUUAUGUUGGCGAUUUAAUUCUAUGAAUCUGAAAGUUCUAUCUCCUAUUGUAUGUCAGGAUAUUUAGUUUUUGUUUGAGGUGUCCAAAAGAACUUGCCUGACUUCUUAUUUCAAAACCCUAUGGAAAAAAAAAUGCUGGAUGCCAAUUUUAUUUUAUAGAAGUUCAAUUGCACUCUUCUUUAGUUAUGCAUUUGUGAAUGAAAUAGAAUUGAGUUUUGGUCUCUAACCUUCCAGCUGCUCUAUGUACUGGAAGUGCACUUAUUCAUUAUUUACUUCUAAUUUUCUUUCUUCUUGUGUGACUUUAAAUAAGCAACUUCCCCUUGGGACCUGUUUUUCUCAUCUGUAAAUCAAAGGAUGAGCUUAGAUGGUUUAAGGAAUGUGGGCUCCCAAUGGAGCUCAAAGAUGUGGUUCAUUUAUCCCUCUUCUGCCUUGUUUCUAAAAUAGUUUUUUAAAGAAAGUUGGAUGGAAGACAUUAGCUCUUGCUAGCUAUAAUUUCUCCCCAGCUAUAACUUCUUUGCACUAAAAAAGCCAGCAGUUUGGGAGUGUAACAGUUACCUGUAACAAUUCAGUCUUAUUCUUCCAGACUCCAGAGUCUUUCCUGCCGAGCACUGCUCAUUGUCAUUCAUGCUGGUUCCAUUCCUUGCCCACUGGAAGAAUUCCAAAGGUAGAUUCUAGUUUGGAGUCUAGUUUUGCAAUGAAUUACACAUACAUGAUAUUUGAAAAGGAGAAUGACAAAAAUGACUUGGUAGCAUAUCUUGGAAUUAAUACAAGUCUGCACAAGAGUUGUAAAUUCUCAUGCUUGUGCCCCUCCUUUCUAGGGACUACAUUUUCUCAGGUCAUGUAGCUUCUUGGUGGUACUUUCAGCAAUGGGAUGAGAGAAUUGCUGGGUUUUCUUUCUUUUUUAAAAUUGAGCCCUGCUUUACUAUAGAAUGAUUUAGAGUUUGUCCUAUUGCUCCCCAGAUUCUUAUUAGUAUUUGUGGGGUGUGUGUGUGUAUGUAUGUGUGUGUGUGUGUGUAUGUAUGUGUGUGCAUGGUGUGUGCACAUACUUACACAUAUCCUCUCUGUGUUGGAAGGUUGUCGGUCUAAAGUCCUGGAAGUGUUUAGUUUGAUGUAUCCUUAAACGGAGGUCUGUGAAUUUUUAAAAAAAAUAUUUUGAUGACUGUAUUCCAAUAUAAUUGGUUUCCUUUGCAAUCCUAC